AUGGCGAUCAGGCCUGUACUCUGUGCCAAACUGCUGGUGUUGAUGUCAAGAAGUCACUUGCUAACCUUGGAGGAACGUGUCACGCAACAACAACUUCACUUGGAGAGGCUACAAUUUCUCUUGGAGAAGAACAACAUUCCGCAUGACAAUCAGACAUUGAUCUCAGAAACAGGCCGAGAAGUCUCAAGACAGAUUAGAGCCCAAGCUUCGGUGCAUCCUCCUCAAGACACGCCUUUGGGAGAUGCUGGCCCGGAUGCUGGGCACCCUGGGCCAUAUGCCGCAGCAACUCAGGCCAUGCUCGACAGGAUUCUAGAUCUUACCCAACGCCGUGCUGUGGAGGAACCGCCAUUUUCUCAGAUUCUCUUGAGACGAUUCAUCAGCGCCAAGAGCAGUCCGCAGGUGGCAAGUCCCAUCUCGCCAGAAUCAAUCUUGACCAGAAAGCGUCUUCUGCCCGACCUGAUGCAUGACUUGGUUACCACGAAAGUUUCACUGCCUAGUAGCAGAGAAGCAGCUGAUAGUCUGGCUGAUGCCUACUUUCAAUUCGCCAAUACAGGCCUGCCCUUGCUUCACGAAACGUCCUUUCGACAAAAACUAGAUUUCGUCUACGCAUCACCAGAGCUCGUUGACUUGGGGAGCGAGCACUGCGAUAAUGAUUUCAAGUUGGCCGUCUUCUUUGUAUUUGCAGUGUUUGCCGUGGCCAUUGUCAUUAGGCAAAAACGAGACCCCUUUGGCAUUCCAAUUACUUUGGCUGAUCGCUAUCACAAAAUGGCGCUUCAGUUCUUGGACGACGCAGUUGUGCCCAAUGACUACAUCGGUGUACAGGCGCUUCUUCUCAUUGCCAUGUACUCAUAUCAUCAUCCUACGACAUGGGAUGUGUGGAAGCCAGUCGGGGCAGCGCUACGCCUAGCGAUUGAGCUGGGCCUUCACAAGGACCAAGAGACAACAGAAUUCGACGCAUUGAUCCUCGACACCAAGAGGCGCGUGUUUUGGGUUGCGUAUGCAAUGGACAGAAGCGUUGCAAUCGCCAUAAACAUGCCGCUGGGUAUAUCGGAUGGAUCCAUAACGACCAAGUUUCCUAAUGAGGUGGACGACGAAUUCAUAAAGCACAGCGGAAUCAAUGCCCCCGAAGACGGCCGAUUCUGGAGCAAAAGCCUCAGCAUUCACCUGUUCCGCUAUCGCCAAUUACAGUCAGAAAUUCAAAACAUCUUGUGCGAGAAGCCAUGGCCGGUCAAUUCAACCCUUGAUUUGGACCGUUGGCAGCACCAAAUGCACGCCCGCUUGUGGGCGUGGUACAAGAAAUGCCCUGGUGGCAGCAACCUGAACGAUGAUCAACGGAUCAAUCUUGAAAACUUCGAAUUGUCACUAUAUCGGGCACUAUUGUUUCUUUACAGUCCCUCGCCCAAUAUCUCAGAGCCGUCAGAUGCGGCCCUCGUCGCACUUUCCGAGGUCGCAACCAACCUGGUUCAGAUAUACUCGCGAUCCUUUCGCGAAUACAAACUAACGAUUCUGUGGCAAGCCGUGGAGAACCUGAGCUCCGCAGGGACAAGUCUCCUCUACAGCUAUACACACUCCGCUUCAGUACGUCAGCGAGUUGCGAUCAAGAGACUCGAAUCUCUGGUACAUACAUGCUCUUCUGUGCUAUGGGGCAUGGUGGAGCAUUUUCCAGCGUUCAAGGGCAAGCGUGACGCCUUUGAUAUCUUGGCGUCUGCCACCAUGGCAGAUAUCACUGCUAACGCCGAGAAGGAGAAUUCAUCAUUCGGAUGGCCACGGGACGGAAAUCAAGACAUGUUUGGUGGCAGAGAUGACGUUGGUAUGUUUAUGGAUGAUGAAUAUCUUGAGAAUGGGUUUUUUGAGAUGCGUGCAGAAGAGUUUCAUGACCGCCCUACACCAUUUUCAACUUCCGAGCAGCAACGAAUGAUAUGA